AAUCCUUCGUCUUGCCCCUACUCUCACAAACGAAGGAGUCGCCUACAGCUGGGGGAUCAGGCUUGAAGUUCCGCUCGGGAGGAUCCAAUUUGCGCCGGGAUGGCUCUAAGCUCCCGAGCUCACGCUUUCUCCGUGGAAGCCUUAGUGGGGAAAUCCGCAAAGAGGAAACUGCAGGACUUCAGAGAUGAGAAGCAACCGCCUCGCGCGGAGAAGGGAGAGGAGGACGGGACCGGCUGCAGAGGGAUCGGGAAAAGCCAGGAACCUGAAAAGCGACCUAAAGCAGGAACAUCCGCUUCUUUCUCGGCUAGCGCCGAAAGCGGAGAAGCGAAGGAUGAUAUCCACGUGGAACUGCAAGGAUCUGAACUCUGGAAAAGAUUUCAUGAGAUCGGCACGGAAAUGAUUAUUACGAAAGCCGGCAGGAGAAUGUUUCCCUCUGUCAGGGUGAAAGUGAAGGGUCUGGAGCCAGCGAAACAAUAUUACGUCGCCAUUGACGUGGUCCCCGUGGACUCCAAAAGAUACAGGUAUGUCUACCACAGCUCCCAGUGGAUGGUGGCCGGGAACACAGACCACUCCUGUAUAACGCCCAGGCUCUAUAUCCACCCGGAUUCCCCCUGCUCGGGAGAGACCUGGAUGAGGCAAAUCAUCAGCUUCGACAGGGUGAAACUCACCAACAAUGAGAUGGACGACAAAGGGCAUAUUAUCCUGCAGUCCAUGCACAAGUACAAACCCAGAGUGCACGUGAUUGUGCAGGAUUCCAGAUUUGAUCUGGCCCAGAUCCAGUCUCUGCCAGCGGAAGGGGUUAAAACCUUUUCAUUUAAGGAAACCGAAUUCACCACUGUAACGGCUUAUCAAAACCAGCAGAUUACCAAACUGAAAAUAGACAGGAAUCCCUUUGCUAAAGGAUUUAGAGACCCUGGGAGAAACAGGGGAGUGCUGGAUGGACUUUUGGAAACAUAUCCAUGGAGGUCACCACUUACUCUGGAUUUUAAGACCUUUGGUGCAGAAACUCAAGAUGGGAGUUCUGGUUCUUCACCUACAACCUCAAGUGGUGGGACGCCAUCUCCUCUGAACUCCUUGCUUUCUCCAUCUUGCUCACCUCCUACGUUUCACUUGUCAGCAAGCAACAUUGGAGGAUCAUGCCCUGAAACAUAUCUACAUAAUCUCAAUUUGCCCCUUUACUACAAGAUUUGCCCUACAAGCCUUUUGAGACAACCGUCACUUGUAUUUCCAAGCCACGAAAAACUGGGAGGCACCAAUCCACAUAUUUUACCCCACUUCAUGAUGGACGUGCCUGUACUAUCUUCCCUUGGCAUAACAAAUCUGAAAAAUGGUAAAUCUGAAGACUUAACUGGGCAGCGUCUACAAGUACCCAAUUCUGCUAAUCAAAUGUUGUAUGGAUUACAUGCAUCUGGAAACAUUUUCCCAUCAAGUCCCAUUGCUCGGGAAGCACUUAAUUGUUCUUUACAUUCUCCAUAUGGCUUGUAUGGUUAUAACUUUUCUAUGCCAUCUAGACUGAUGAACACAACAAGCCAUUUCAAAGUGAAUGACAGCAUUCCGACUUCUUUUAGAGAUGGCAGAUGUAAUCAUUCUAUCUGGCACUCAGCAAUUAACCAUUGCCUCUAAUGGAACUAUAUAACAUUUCUAACGCAGUGACAUGUAAGCAAGUCUUUUCUUCAGUCAUUCCCAAAGGUUUGCUGAUUAUUGUAUAUAAAGUGCCUCAUAAUACAGGAGUGACCUGCCUCGAUAUUUAACGUUUCAUAUGCAACUGUGUUGUAAAAAAUGUUCUGAGCACGGGGGACAACAAAAUAGCCAACA